CUUGUUGAUCUGAGCUCUGUGGUAAGUGGGUUUUCAAACUUCUAACAUUGUUCUGGACAAGGAAGCCAGUAGCUAGUACAGAAACCUGUUUUAAUAUUGCAGAAAUUAAACCAUAUUUUUUUGUAUAAUGUAAGUGUUGGAACAAGAGAGAUCAAUAAAGUGCAGAGUUAAUAUGAGUGGGACGUGACUCUCUACGUGCUUCAUCUCACACAGAGCACAUAACUUGUGAAAAUGGAACAUUAAUGAACAACAGGUGGACGUACAAAGUUGCUUGAGUCAAAGUCCUUUUGAAAGACUUUAGUGUGAGUGACAAGACAAGAUAGACCUUUAUUUGUCUUUGACAAAGAAAUGAAGUGCAGUCCUUUAUCACGAGUAAAAUGCCACUGUUGAAUCCGAAAGUUUCAAACAUGUAAACAUCAAAUUUCCCAGGGUUUGCUGGGAUCUUGAAUGGCUCUAGAUGUGAGCUGAAUUCCUGAAAGCAUUUUGGACCAGGAUUGCUUUGUCUGCAGUCGUUUUCUUCCUGUUUCACCAAUACUUCAGGUACAGACUGAACAGAGGGCUGCAGUAGUGAGUAGUUGCAUUCUUCAUCCAAACCCAGUCAGGAGACAGAAGAGGAGGAAAGACAACAGCGUCUUCACAGACCGCAGUAAAAAGCAGAAGCAGAGCUCUUGAGCGCUACAAACCUGAGCAGAAGAGAAUUUGCUUCAGAGUCAGGGUUGUUCUUCUGGCCUUGCACAGAUUUUAACUUGGCGAGGAUGAAGAGUGUCGUGAUGAUCAUUCUCACGUCUGCUCUGGUUCAAGAAAUCAAUCCAUAUUCUCACUGAAUGAUCAGACUGAGUAUAUGUCAGCAGCAGAACAGGAAAUCAGCAGUGUGAAAUGGAAUGCAUAAUCAUGAUGGUGGUUUACCAUCGACCAUAGUUGCUGUCACAUAACCAAAGUUUGCUCAGGUCUGUGCCCUAGUAGUCACAAAAAAGGAGCAAUGCCCUCCUCCAACAAACCCACUCAGCUGAGAACUGACUUCCGUCAGUUGUGUGGUGGAUUCUUCACUUGUUGAUCUGAGCUCUGUGGUAAGUGGGUUUUCAAACUUCUAACAUUGUUCUGGACAAGGAAGCCAGUAGCUAGUACAGAAACCUGUUUUAAUAUUGCAGAAAUUAAACCAUUUUUUUUUGUAUAAUGUAAGUGUUGGAACAAGAGAGAUCAAUAAAGUGCAGAGUUAAUAUGAGUGGGACGUGACUCUCUACAUGCUUCUUCUCACACAGAGCACAUAACUUGGGAAAAUGGAACAUUAAUGAACAAGUGGACGUACAAACUUGCUUGAGUCAAAGUCCUUUUGAAAGACUUUCAUGCGAGUGUCCAGUGACGAGACAAGAUAGACCUUUAUUUGUGUUUGACAAAGAAAUGAAGUGCAGUCCUUUAUCACUAGUAAAAUGCCACUGUUGAAUCCUAAAGUUUCAAACAUGUAAACAUCAAAUUUCCCAGGGUUUGCUGGGAUCUUGAAUGGCUCUAGAUGUGAGCUGAAUUCCUGAAAGCAUUUUUGACCAGGAUUGCUUUGUCUGCAGUCGUUUUCUUCCUGUUUCACCAAUACUUCAGGUACAGACUGAACAGAGGGCUGCAGUAGUGAGUAGUUGCAUUCUUCAUCCAAACCCAGUCAGGAUACAGAAGAGGAGAAAAGACAACAGCGUCUUCACAGACCGCAGUAAAAAGCAGAAGCAGAGCUCUUGAGUGCUACAAACCUGAGCAGAAGAGAAUUUGCUUCAGAGUCAGGGUUGUUCUUCUGGCCUUGCACAGUAAGUUCUUUUCACUAUUCACACUUGAGAACCUGGGAACUAGUACAGAAAGAGCUGUUCACACUGGACAAAUCAAACUCAGUGUAUUUAGUCCAAUGAAGUACAGCAGUGAAGUACACUGACCUCACGACUGUCUUCUCCUGUUACAUUGUGAGGCAUGUUUGGACUGAACUACUGUGGAAGAUGUUCUGUCUGUUUCUUUGAAGGAUUUUAACUUGGCGAGGAUGAAGAGUGUCGUGAUGAUCAUUCUCACGUCUGCUCUGGUUCAAGGUUUAAAGGAAACCUGUACACACGGAGACUUCUGUGUCACUUUAGAUGAUGGAGUCAUAACUGCAGAGAGUGGACUCUGUGUGGAGAUUCCAUGCUCCUUCAAGACUCCUCAGAACUUCACUCCUCAACACAUGCUUUGGUUCAGAUGUGUACGACAAGGUCAAGACAGGUGCGACUAUUCAUCAGACCCGAUCUACUCCACUGACAGCAGCUCAGCCAUCAGGGAAGGAUUUGAAGGACGAGUGUCACUGUUGGAGUCUGAUGUGAGUCAGAGGAAGUGCAGCAUCAUCAUCAGCAACCUCUCACCGUCAGAUUCUGGAUGGUACCAGGUCAGAGUGACCAGCAAAGAUAAUGGAUACACAUAUUGGACGAAGCAAGAGAUUUCUGUCAGAGGUCUGAGGCAAAAGCCCAUCCUGGCUGUCCCCCCACUGAAAGAGGGUCAGCUGACAGCACUGACCUGCACUGCUCCUGGACUCUGCUCCGGAUCUGAGCCCACUAUUAGCUGGAAGUGGGAAGGCAAAGGGAAGAGUCCACACCUGGUUGGAGGAAACAUCACAGCUCAGAAGCGUGUUUCUCUUGGUGCUGUGAGGAGACAGUACAGCUCCACUCUGAUAUUCAGCGCUUCUUCUGAGCACCACAGCAGCACCAUCACCUGCACUGUUGUCUUCAAACACAGUGGGAGCACAGAGGCGAAAAAGACUCUUGCAGUGCAGUACCUGAAGAGCGUCACCAUCACUGGACAAACUCUUGUGAGGCAGGGUGAGACUUUGUCUCUGCACUGUGCUGCUGACAGUUUCCCUCCGGUUCUGGUCCAAUGGACCAAAGGGAAGACGUCAGAAGCUCUGGCUCGCAGCACUGGAGAAGCUGCCUUGAUGAUCCCAGCCGUGACUAAAGAGCAUUCUGGGCCGUACAGAUGCACUGCAGAACAAGGAAGUAAACAAGUGAUGGAGGAGGUCCACGUUAAAGUCAAGUACGUGAGGACACCCAUCAUUUUGGGGAACACAGAUGUAAAGAAGGGCAGAGCUCUAAAUCUGACCUGUGCUUCUGAAAGUUAUCCUGAAUCUGUCAUCACCAUGAAGAAGGAAGAGAGGAGAGAGAAAACCAUCUCUUUCCAGGCCACUAACACCAACACUGUGUCAGUUUUGAUCCCAAAUGUGACGACAGAAGAUUCAGGACGUUACAUCUGUGAAGCCAGAUAUGAGAUGGAGACACUGACCACAUCCGUGAAUGUGACUGUGACCUGGUUUGCUGGGAUCUUGAAAGGCUCUAGAUGUGAGCGGGACUCAGCAGCUCUCACUUGUGUCUGUGGCAGUCAGGGCCACCCCUUACCCUCCAUCUCCUGGCUGCUGCUGACCAACCACAGUGACUCUCACAUCCAGACCAACGUAUCAGGAGAUGAAAUCUGGAGCAGCUUCAGUGUGAAAGAUGGCCACAGUGUGAAGACUGCUGUGUGUGUUGUCACUCAUGAGAACGGAGAAACAAAGGAGGAACUUCCUGUUCUGAAUCAUGAGAGUUUUUUGACCAAGUUUUUGAAACUGGAAUUCCUGAUAACAUUUUUGACCAGGAUUGUUUUGUCUGCAGUCAUUUUCUUCCUGUUUCACCAAUACUUCAGUAAAAAAGAGUUUGGAAGGCCCGAAGAAACGGCUGAGAUGGAGAACAUGGCAGAUGAUCCACAGACAGAUGACGAUUAUGAGCAGGUGGACAUUGAACUGGAGGAAUGAGGCCCAGAACCUGAACAUGGAGAGGGAGAGAAGCAGAUGAGAACCUGGACAACAGAGGGCUCAAAUAUAUAUCCAUCAGAUGUUGGAGGGACUGAGGUCAUUUAUGACGACAUCUGAUGCUUCCUAUCGAUGCAGAAUUGCUGUGCUCAUCCAACCAGCUGUUAAACUAUCACCAUGUAUGCAAAGAGUAUCAGGCUGGUGGUCAUAAU